AUGUCAGAUCCUGAGUGCGCGCGCCGAGAGAGGCAGAUUGACUGUGAGAACCAUGCGGGAUCAUGCGCAAUUACCACCUACGAGACUUAUGGGCGCAUUUCGGAAACAAACAGACCCACCAGUACUGCUACCGAAGGAUCCAUGUGGCGAUUGCACACGAGCCUGCACGAGUAUUAUUGGGCCUGCUUGUUGUCGGACGAAGCUGAUCGCGAGUGCGUGGAAGCCCUUGCCUAUAUACUCCGAGCUGAGCGCGACCAACGCCGCCAGUUACAAACAACUCGCAUCAGUGAAAUUAGACGGCAAUUGGGAGGCGGGUCUACACCUCCACCUCCACUACCAAAGCAAACCCCGAAGCGAGGGCAAGACGACAAUGACGCGGGGCCAAACCAGAAAAGAUCCAAGCAGGCACAACAGACCGAGGUUAUCGAUUUGGUGGGCUCUGAUAGCGACGAAGCUAACCUCCCAGCGCCAAUUCAGAUUGUACCGCAACAUGACGCUCAUAAUGAUGAGGCUGACGUCGCACUGAAAGAAGAGAAACAGGAAGAGUGUUGA